GCGCGCGGGGGACGUGUUCGGGCGUCUCCGCCAUUUUGUGAGUCUAUAACUCGGAGCCGUUGGGUCGGUUCCUGCUAUUCCGGCGCCUCCACUCCGUCCUCCGCGGGUUCCCUGUGUGUGCAAUGGACGGCAUCGUCCCAGAUAUAGCAGUUGGUACAAAGCGGGGAUCUGACGAGCUCUUCUCUGCCUGCGUCACUAACGGCCCGUUUAUCAUGAGUAGCAACUCGGCCUCCACAGCAAAUGGAAACGACAGCAAGAAGUUCAAAGGGGACAGCAGGAGUGCAGGCGUGCCCUCCAGGGUGAUCCACGUCCGCAAGCUCCCCAGCGACGUCACCGAGGGGGAGGUCAUCUCCCUCGGACUGCCUUUCGGGAAGGUCACCAACCUCCUGAUGCUGAAAGGGAAAAACCAGGCCUUCAUUGAGAUGAACACAGAGGAGGCAGCCAACACUAUGGUGAACUACUACACAUCAGUGACGCCGGUGCUGCGGGGCCAGCCAAUCUACAUCCAGUUCUCCAACCACAAGGAGCUCAAGACCGACAGCUCUCCUAAUCAGGCGCGGGCCCAGGCAGCCCUGCAGGCUGUAAACUCAGUCCAGUCAGGGAACCUGGCCUUGGCUGCCUCUGCUGCAGCGGUGGACGCUGGGAUGGCUAUGGCUGGACAGAGCCCGGUGCUCAGGAUCAUCGUGGAGAACCUCUUCUACCCGGUGACCCUGGACGUGCUGCACCAGAUCUUCUCCAAGUUUGGCACAGUCCUGAAGAUAAUCACCUUCACCAAGAACAACCAGUUCCAGGCGCUGCUGCAGUACGCCGACCCCAUGAGUGCGCAGCACGCCAAGCUGUCGCUGGACGGGCAGAACAUCUACAAUGCUUGCUGCACGCUGCGCAUCGACUUCUCCAAGCUCACUAGCCUGAACGUCAAGUACAACAACGAUAAGAGCCGUGACUACACGCGCCCGGACCUGCCCUCUGGCGACAGCCAGCCAGCACUGGAUCAGACCGUGGCCGCCGCCUUUGGUGCGCCAGGUAUCAUGUCCGCCUCUCCGUAUGCAGGAGCUGGUUUCCCUCCCACCUUUGCCAUCCCUCAGGCUGCAGGUCUCUCUGUUCCUAAUGUGCAUGGGGCCCUGGCGCCUCUGGCCAUCCCGUCGGCAGCAGCGGCAGCGGCGGCAGCAGGCCGUAUCGCCAUCCCUGGCUUGGCGGGGGCAGGGAACUCUGUCCUGCUGGUCAGCAACCUCAACCCCGAGAGAGUCACACCCCAAAGCCUCUUUAUUCUUUUCGGCGUGUACGGUGACGUGCAGCGGGUGAAGAUCCUAUUCAACAAGAAGGAGAACGCCCUGGUGCAGAUGGCCGAUGGCAGCCAGGCCCAGCUGGCCUUGAGCCACCUCAACGGGCACAAACUGCACGGGAAGCCAGUGCGCAUCACGCUCUCCAAGCACCAGAACGUGCAGCUGCCCCGCGAGGGCCAGGAAGACCAGGGCCUCACCAAGGACUACGGCAACUCGCCCCUGCACCGCUUCAAGAAGCCCGGCUCCAAGAACUUCCAGAACAUCUUCCCGCCCUCCGCCACCCUGCACCUCUCCAACAUCCCGCCCUCCGUGUCUGAGGACGACCUCAAGAUGCUCUUCUCCAGUAAUGGCGGGGUCGUCAAGGGGUUCAAGUUCUUCCAGAAGGACCGCAAGAUGGCCCUGAUCCAGAUGGGCUCGGUGGAGGAGGCCAUCCAGGCACUCAUUGACCUGCACAACCACGAUCUGGGCGAGAACCACCACCUGCGGGUGUCCUUCUCCAAGUCCACCAUCUAGGCCCCUAGGACCAGCCUGCCAGGUGCCUGGCCACAACUUCCGUCAUUCCAGAAAAAAGCCACUUUAAAAAGCAGCUGAAGUGACCUUAAAAGACCAGAGAUUUUAUUUUUUUAAGAGAAAUCAGUUUACCUGUUUUUAAAAAAUUAAAUCUAAUUCACUUGCUUACCUAGGGGAGAUGGGGUGCAGUCCUUGCCUGCACCCCCUGCUCCCCGCCCCUCGCCCGUGCCUUCUGCAGCUGCGGGGUGCGUGCUCCCAAACCUCCACGCGGCUCUCUUGUGCCUUAAACCCGCUGCUCUGGCAGGGCCUUCUUGGGGUAGCAGGCGUGGAGGGCUUUUGGGGCCUAAGGGGCCAGCCUCCCCUGGGAUCAUGUGCCUGGUGUGGCAGGAGGCUGAGAGCGGCCAGUCUGGCCGACACCCCAGAUCCUUUAAUCAAGUAUGUGAUUCUCCCUUCAAGUCCCAGGGCGAGACCCCAGGGCAUGCCCCUGGCGCUUCUUCAGCUUUGUUUUCACCAGAACCUUUGUAUUACGCUUUGAUGCAGCUGCAGACUCUGUGCCUAGCAAUAUUUCCAGUUGACCAAAUAUCCUAAUCUUUCUCAUUUAUAUGCAAAAGAAAUAGUUUUAGGUAACUUUUUAUAUAGCAAGAUAAAAAUGGUAUGAGUGUAAUCUAAAGUUUCUCCAGCAAGUAUGACCUUGUAUACUGUUAUUUUAUUCCUUGUAACGAAGUCGCAGGGCAGGAUCCAGCCUCGGGGCAGAUGCCGUGGCCAGCUGGGUGGCCCCCACAUGCCUUACUCACACCCGACUGUCCUCGGUCAGGGAGGACGAGCGCUCUUAAACUUUCAGGGUUUCUUUUUUCCUGCAAAUUUUGGACCAAAGUUUUGUUUUUGUUGUUUUUUUUUUGGUCUGCCUCUAACGCUGGGACCCCAGGAGCUGGGGCAGCUGCCCUCCGGUCUUAACUGCCUCGUCCUGCACUCAUGGGUCCAAGGGGCUCCCGCGCACAGGCCCCAUGCUGGCCGGCCCUCCCUCGGGGUCUGGGCCCCGAGUUUCCAUGUCGGGUGGAACAAGGGUGUAAAUAUUUAUAAUUUUUUAUACCUGUUGUAAGUCACAAGGGGCAGCAUAUGCGGUUUUUUAUGGUGACAGAUGUAUAUUUUGAUAACAGCGGUUACAGGCGCAGUGUUGUAAGGGGAGCAGGCAGAGUCCACUGCCCGCCGCCAGCUUGUAAUGUGGAGAGAACUGAAUUAAAGCAAUUUUAUAACAAC